AUGAGCAGCACUGGUUCCCGCGGCGUCGACCGGGAGUCCUUGAUUUCUGAGAAAGAUUGGUUGUCGAAAUCUGUUGAGAUGUACGACUCCGGCCCCAGCAAGAUGGCCGUCUCUCUGGGGGAAGUACCUCCGGUGCGGCGCCGCCCGCCAGGUGGGCUACUGACAAACGAAUUGCACAAAGAUGUUGUGGAAACACCAGUACUGGUGUUUUGCACGCUUAUCAAGCCUCGCAGCAGGAUGGCUUUGCGAGGAGGGACAUGGGAGAACAAAGGACCACAUAUACCAAAGGCAGAAAGCCAGCUGUUUGACAUGACUACUUUGUACUAUCCCAAGGAUGGAUUCACCGUGAUUCAGUUUACUCUGAAAAUCCAGCAGCCACAUGUUGCUAUCUGCGUGCUACAUCGGAAAGGCUAUCCUAAUGUCAAUCGGGACUUACUGACGUCCGCUUGCGAGAGUGUUGGCCGUAGUGCUCCUCUUGAGGAAUUUUUGAUGAGCCCGUGUACUAAUUGGCUUUUUAAUGACACCCGGUCAUAUGAAACGCCGACCAUGAGUGACGGAUGUAAUUAUACUCCUGAGAACUCCAUGAUUUGUCCAUCCUACUACCCUUAUCCUAUGAAUGACAUCUUGUAUGAUAUGCCCACGAGUUUUGGAUACGCUAAUGCUCCUUCUGGAAACUCUCUGAUGAGUCAAGACAACACUUGGUAUACAGACAUGCUUCCCCAACCGGAUCCUCCUGCUCAUCAGAUGUCAAUGCAGAAUGACUUGUCCAUUACUUCGUUUGGGAAUAGCAUGAAUUCUUUUACACCCAACCAGAAUGCCACGAUUGGUGGCUAUGAGCCACGACAACCCGAUACUACUUCUGCUUGGGUUGACCAUUUGAUGGGAAUUACACAUGAUUAUGCUCCAGAUAAACCUUUUCCAUAUCCUAUGCCUUGGGAACACAAUUCAUCUUUUGAGACUAAUCACAGUGAGACAUGGCUGGAAACUUCUCCUCCGGGUGAGCAUUAUUGGCCAACCGAACAUAAUUAUUUUCAAGAUGAGCAAUUCAACUAGUGAGGAAACAAGAUAAAAUGCUGAGAGAUUUGAGGCCACUGACGUGUAGAGAUGCCCCGAGAACUUCCUUCCAGACACAAUAUGGUCAAGCGUACGAUCCCUGGAGUACUUCCUUCUAUAAGUGUCUUCCACGUAAACAACCCUACUUAGAAGUUGAUAAGAGCUUUUAUCCUUCGGCAUCAUUAGUUCCCAGAGUGUUUUGUGGGUUGCGAUAUGCCAUAGAAGCAACUGUGCAUAUCUUUACGCCAUUGUAUUGUUACUCAUGAUAUUUUGGAUAAUUGUUGUCUUGUUCCUUGUACGAUGUUGUAUAUGUAAUAUUAAUUGAUAA